GUAUCGAAGCUUUUGAUUGGCGAGAAAAAGUAAACUUGCCUUCAGAGUGUAGAGCGAUGGAAGAUGCUGGGCUUGAAUUAUAUUCAACAACACAGAUAUGAAGCAGUGUGUUAAAGAUGACCCUCCAGGCUGAGACCUAAUGCUACCAACCUACUGAGGAUAUUAAAUCAAACUACGACAUUUUCUACAGUUUAGUUUGCAAAAUGACAGGAGAACAAAAUGAUGGAAGUGAUAGACAGAAAGAUAAUAGACUCCGAUCUGGUCGCUCAUCCGUUACCUCAUUUGUUCGCUUUGUGAACCGGACACACAGGUUUGUGGAUACUGUGUGGUUGAACUAUGAAGGCGCUCGUGUCAAGUACAAGACUCUACAGCCAGGUCAGUUUGUUGAUGUGAACACAUUUGUCGGCCAUCCUUGGAUCUUCAGGGAUUCUGACACUGGGGAUCAUAUGGUAGUUCAACUGCGUGAGGUUUUUGAAAUGACAACAGGAUGGACUCCGACUGAUGGGGUACCGCCAUGGAGAAAAGUCAUCAAUAUUACCAUUCCAGUUUUCACCCUUAAGGACAGGAGUCUGCAGGUGAUCAGGAGUUUUGUGAACAGAGACAGAAUAAAUGAGCUGGACCUACCUCAGACACUGAAGGAGGAAAUUAAUGUCAUGUGGGAAACAACAAGACGGAGGAGACUAACCGACAGCCCCAAUAAUUCUGUGGCAGAAUCUUCUCAAGAUGUUCACUGAGCUUGUGAAGCUUUAAAACCUGGUAACACCCACGGCCUGAGGAAGAACAUGUACAAUUUGUUCUGUUCAGGGCAUCCUCAAAAUUCCACUGGUAACCGGUUGUGUUCUCUUAUAUUCUCUGUACCCCUGGAAUAUGUCACAACAAAAUCGAAGGCAUGCAGUAAGCUAGUUGAUUGGUUUCAGGUGUAAAUAAUUAAAUUCAGCUGAUACCUUUAAAGUUAUAUAGGAGCAAUACCUGACUUCAAAGUUUCAUUUCUGCUCAAUUCUUUGAUGUACAUGGAAUGAUCAAACUAGUCUACUAGUAUCAUCCUAGAGGUAGUACAUACAGAGCCUUUAAUUUCGUCAUGACACAUUCCAGGGGUGCAAAAAUGUAAGGCAGUGUAACCCCUGGAUUUUCAAGGACAAUGUCAGAGUGACAGACCACCAAUGGAAGUAAUGCAUGCAUACUACAUGCAGAUUUAGGGCCAUGUUUUCUCGUACCAUCACAGGAAGAAAACAUACAAUCUGUGCAUUUUUAGGGCCAUAUUUUCUUGUACCAUCACAGGAAGAAAACAUACAAUUUGAGCAGUUACAGAACAGGAUGAGAGAAUUGUGGGACUAUAAAAAGAACGGAAUGUAGUUAAUAGUAUAUCAAUACGGUUCUGAUUGUACUUAACACUAAUUGAAACAGACACUUCCAUGAUAUCAGUGUACUGGUCACAGAAACAGAGACUUCUAUGAUAUCGGUGUACUGGUCACAGAAACAGAGCCUUCUAUGAUUUCAGUAUACUGGUCACAGAAACAGAAACUUCUAUGAUAUCAGUUUACUGGUCACAGAAACAGAGACUUCCAUGAUAUCAGUGUACUGGUCACUGAAACAGAGACUUCUAUGAUAUCGGUGUACUGGUCACAUAAACAGAGACUCCUAUGAUGUCAGUGUACUGGUCACAGAAACAGAGCCUUCUAUGAUUUCAGUAUACUGGUCACAGAAACAGAAACUUCUAUGAUAUCAGUUUACUGGUCACAGAAACAGAGACUACUAUGAUAUCAGUGUACUGGUCAAAGAAACAGAGACUUCUAUCAUAUCAGUGUACUGGUCACAGAACCAGAGACUUCUAUGAUAUCAGUGAACUGGUCACAGAAACAGAGACUUCUAUCAUAUCAGUGUACUGGUCACAGAAUCAGAGACUUCUAUGAUAUCAGUGAACUGGUCACAGAAACAGAGACUUCCAUGAUAUCAGUGUACUGGUCACUGAAACAGAGACUUCUAUGAUAUCGGUGUACUGGUCACAUAAACAGAGACUUCUAUGAUAUCAGUGUGCUGGUCACAGAAACAGAGACUUCCAUGAUAUCAGUGUACUGGUCACAGAACCAGAGACUUCUAUGAUAUCAGUGAACUGGUCACAGAAACAGAGACUUCCAUGAUAUCAGUGUACUGGUCACAGAAAUAGAGACUUCUAUGAUAUCAGUGUGCUGGUCACAGAAACAGAGACUUCCAUGAUAUCAGUGUACUGCUCACAGAAACAGAGACUUCUAUAAUAUCAGUGUACUGGUCACAGAAAAAGAGACUUCUAUGAUAUCAGUGUGCUGGUCACAGAAACAGAGACUUCUAUAAUAUCAGUGUACUGGUCACAGAAGCAGAGACUUCUAUGAUAUCAGUGAACUGGUCACAGAAACAGAGACUUCCAUGAUAUCAGUGUACUGGUCACUGAAACAGAGACUUCUAUGAUAUCGGUGUACUGGUCACAGAAACAGAGCCUUCUAUGAUUUCAGUAUACUGGUCACAGAAACAGAAACUUCUAUGAAAUCAGUGUACUGGUCACAGAAACAGACUCCUAUGAUAUCAGUGUACUGGUCAAAGAAACAGAGACUUCUAUGAUAUCAGUGUACUGGUCACAGAAACCAGACUUCUAUGAUAUCAGUGUACUAGUCACAAAAACAGACUUCUAUAUCACUGUUCUAGUCAGUAAAGAUAGCUUCAAAUUUGUACAGGGAUUUUUGUGUGAGAGGUAUUUGUGAAUGAGGAGUUUGAAUGUUUUGAACUUAAAUAUUAAUAUUUAGUUACAGAAGGCUGUAGAAUUCGGCAGAUUAUGCUAGUAAUUAAGUAGUCCAAGUACUGAGGUCAAACAUUAGGGGUAGCUCUUAGUCAGUCCUGAGACAAAGUGUCAGACUGAGUGUGACACAUAAGGAACAGCUCUAAGUUAGUUCUGAGACUGAGUGUGACACAUAAGGAACAGCUCUAAGUCAGUUCUGAGACUUCAGUGUGACACAUAAGGAACAGCUCUAAGUUAGAUCUGAGACUGAGAGUGACACAUAAGGAACAGCUCUAAGUUAGUUCUUAGACUGAGUGUGACACAUAAGGAACAGCUCUAAGUCAGUUCUGAGACUUGAGUGUGACACAUAAGGAACAGCUCUAAGUUAGGUCUGAGCCUGAGUGUGACACAUAAGGAACAGCUCUAAGUUAGAUCUGUGAGUGAGUGUGACACAUAAGGAACAGCUCUAAGUUAGAUCUGUGAGUGAGUGUGACACAUAAGGAACAGCUCUAAGUUAGAUCUGUGACUGAGUGUGACACAUAAGGAACAGCUCUAAGUCAGUUCUGAGACUUGAGUGUGACACAUAAGGAACAGCUCUAAGUUAGUUCUGUGACUGAGUGUGACACAUAAGGAACAGCUCUAAGUUAGGUCUGAGCCUGAGUGUGACACAUAAGGAACAGCUCUAAGUUAGGUCUGAGCCUGAGUGUG